AACUGGAGGCAGGUCAUUGGACAGGAGAUAAAUCAGCUGGGAUCCAGGGAGGUUUCUGGUUACAGAUCACUUAAGAGGUAGGCAGACUUGCAGAGCUGGGGAUGACUUGAGUUUUUUCUUUUCUUUUGGAUACUACAGUUGGGGGCAGUCUUAAGGAAGGAAUCCUGUGCUAUGGAGAGGGGGCUGCUGUGUGUCCUGGUACUGCUGAUCAUCCUCUGGGGGGCCUCUGGCCAGGAUGGGGAGUAUUGCCAUGGCUGGGUAGAUAGCUCACAGCUCUGGCACAAGGGUUUCCAGUGUCCAGAGCGCUAUGACAUCCCACAGGCUACCCUGUGCUGUGGCACCUGCAGCCUGCGCUACUGCUGCUCAUCUAGAGAGGCUCGACUGGACCAAGGCUUGUGUCCUAAUGACCACGAACAGAGCAGUCCUAUGCCUCCAUCAGUGCCCAUGUACUUGCCUUUCCUCCUUGUUGGAUCUGUAUUUGUGGCUUUCAUCGUCAUUGGAAUCCUUAUUGGACUUUGCUGCUGCAGGUGUUUGAAAUCACAAGAUGAGGAGCAGCAAAAUGGGUCUGCACCAAUCCAGAGUCGGCUGCUAGAAGCUGAUCCUCCUUCUCGGCUCUCCAGUUCUAGCUCUAGUUCUGCCACCAGAGUUUCCUUGGGUGGUCAUACUCAGACCAACAAUAUCUGCAUGAGUAUGGCUCCACCUUUUCCUGUCAUAGGAUGCUCCCAGUUCUUGCCACCUCCAUCAACCAGUGGACUCCUGCAGGCCCCAUGUAUUAAUUAUGGAAUACCAACUGAUCACGCUGCAGUCAUGACACCCACUCCUUUCCUUAGCAGAACAGUUCAUGGCCAGAUUUCUAACUCUUACUCCCUAAGUGCAAUGCAUGAUGACGGAAGGAUGUGUUCAGGAGUCUACAUCUAAGAAAACUACCUGUAACUGUAAAAUAGUGCUCCAUGCUGCACACCCGCAGGUGCUUCAAGGACAAAGUAACUGAAAGCACACCUUUUUAAAGCAUUAGCAUGCAUGAAAUGAUUCCUGGCUUUUUAAACUAAAUUAAAAGUAAUGUGACCUUUUUAA